GCUGAGAUUGAGAAAAGGGAACUCUCACGAAACUCAACUCUCUCUCUCUUUCUCUCUCUCUCCUUCACCCUCUUCUCUCUGCAGCCAAUCCCCAUUUCAGAUCGAGCCCUUCUUCUUCCUCCACCCUUUCCCAUUCGCUGUGGUGACUGCUCUCUCAUCUUCACCACCAAGAUUACUUGACUCACAUUUAGACUAUAGUGGUGGAUGCUGUGGUGUGCGGUUUUUCCUCGGACCUAUGACUAGACCAUUUGGAGAAUUGACAAGCAAUAACAGUGCCGCUGGAAGGAUGAGUACUGAACAAUCUGAAUUGUCUGAAAAAACACAGUUAGGGACUGAGCAUUUACUAAAGGAACAACGGGAGUCUGGUACUGUGUUAACCAGUUCAGUUAUCCAUGAAAAAUCAAAUCAAGUUUCUGCUAAUGCGACAGAGAAUUCUGUUAUUUUACUGCCUGCACCACCUCAACAUGACUCAGAAAAGAAUUGUCAGACUGUAGAAGGUUCACACCUGCAACAAAGUACCGAUAAAGAAGUCUCUUUACAGUUAUCUAACGACAAGCCAGAAAACCCAUCCCAACCAUUGUCUGAAAACGAACCUGUGGAAUCCGUUUCUGCCUCUGCUGGGGAUGGCCAAAAGCAAUUCAGUCCAGCUCAAGCGAAUACAAGUUAUGUGAAUAAAUUGUUGGAUCCACCUUCUGAAGAGGUUGUGACCAGUAUUUCAGAAAAAGUGUCUAAUAGCCCCGCUAAUUCGCAAUUGAGGCGCAAGGGUAAAAAAAACUCAAAAUUGUUGAAGAAGACAUAUAUGCUACGAUCAAUAGGAAGCAGUGACAGAGCUUUGCGGUCAAAAACAAAAGAAAAUCCCAAGACACCUGAACCAAGUAGUAAUUUGGUUGAUUUUAAUAAUAAUAAUAGCAAUGGUGGAGGGAAGAGGAAAACUAGUAGGAAGAAGAGAAAGAGUGGAGAGGUUGGAAUCACUGAUCAAUUCUCCAGAAUCAAAUCUCACUUAAGAUAUUUAUUAAACAGAAUAAGCUACGAGAAAAGCUUGAUUGAUGCUUAUUCUGGCGAAGGCUGGAAAGGAUACAGUAUGGAAAAAUUGAAGCCUGAGAAAGAACUUCAACGGGCCAAGUCUGAAAUUCUUCGACGCAAAUUGAACAUUAGGGAUCUAUUUCGAGAUUUGGAUUCAUUGUGUGCUGAAGGAAAGCUACCAGAGUCUUUAUUUGAUUCUGAGGGAGAGAUUGACAGUGAGGAUAUAUUCUGUGCAAAAUGCCAUUCCAAAGAGUUGAGUUCUAAUAAUGAUAUAAUUCUCUGUGAUGGUGUCUGUGACCGUGGCUUUCACCAGCUUUGUUUGUGUCCUCCGUUGUUAACUGAAGACAUUCCACCUGAUGAUGAGGGUUGGUUAUGCCCUGGAUGUGAUUGCAAAGAUGACUGCAUGGACCUUAUUAAUGACUCCUUCGGAACAAGUCUCUCUAUUAGUGACACCUGGGAGAGCGUUUUUCCUGAAGCAGCAGCAGCUGCUGGGAAUAAUAUGGAUAACAACUUGGGACUCCCUUCUGAUGAUUCUGAUGAUGAUGAUUAUAACCCUAAUGGUCCAGAGGAUUUGAAAAUUGAAGGAGAUGAAUCAAGUUCUAAGGAAUCUGACUAUGCUUCUGCUUCUGAGAAUUUGGAGGGUUCACAUGGGGAUCAAUACUUGGGCCUUCCAUCUGAAGAUUCCGAUGAUGGUGAUUAUGACCCUGCUGCUCCAGAUGUUGACAAUAAGGUCAAUGAAGAAAGUUCAAGCUCUGAUUUCACAUCUGACUCUGAGGAUCUUGCCGCUGCAAUUGUGGAUAACACAUCCCCUGGACAGGAUGAGGAAAUCAGAUCUGCAUCAUUGGAUGAUGUUAAGCACUUGAGAAGUUAUGGCAAAAAAAAGGGUAAAGCUGGUAAGAAGCUAUCUAUGGCUGUUGAACUGUCUUCUUUACUAGAGCCAGAUUCUGGUCAAGAAGGUUCUAUACUUGUUUCUGGGAAAAGGAAUUUGGAAAGGUUGGACUACAAAAAGUUGUAUGAUGAAACAUACCAUAGCGAUACUAGUGAAGAUGAAGAUUGGACAGCCACUGUUACUCCUAGCAGAAAGAAGAAAGACAAUGCGACUCCUGUGUCUCCAAAUGGAAAUGCUUCAAAUAAUUCCAUGCACACUCCUAAGAGGAAUGGCCAUCAGAAUAAAUUUGAAAAUACAAAAAAUUCACCUGCCAAAUCACUGGAUCGCGAUGUGAAAUUUGAUUCCAGGGAACAAACGUCUAGAUCUCCAGGAGGCAAUAGACUACGAGAAGCAGUAGUUCAGAGACUUCACAUAUCUUUUAAAGAAAAUCAGUAUCCAGAUAGAGCUACUAAAGAAAGCUUGGCACAGGAACUUGGACUUACUUAUCAGCAGGUUGGCAAAUGGUUUGACAAUACACGAUGGAGCUUCCGGCACUCAUCACAAGCUAAUUCAGGUAGAAAUACAUUACGGAAAGCUACUGAUAGCAGAGCUGAAAAUGAAUGUGAAUCCCCGGAGGUCAGUGGAGAAAAAGCAAAAGCCCCAAGCUCUGGAAAAAGAAAGCAUUUGUCAGAACACCAACUAUCUGAAGACAAUGCUCAUCAAACCCAAAGGGGGAAGAAAAUGAAGACAAGGAGAAGGAAAUGGUGUUAAUACGAACUCGGUUUUAACCUUCUUUAAGGCUUCAAAUUAAACUAUCCAUCUUUUUGUGAGAUCGUGAUCCCAUGGGAUGAUCAGCUCGGAUCUCGAUGGAUUUGUUUCCAUUCAGGCAGGUAAUCAUAAGAUAUGCUAUAUUGUUUGUAUUUUUUAAGAAUAGCUUUCCAGGUAUUGAUCUCAGGUAAUUUGGUUUUAGUGUUGCUCCUCAUGCAAACACUAAAAUAGUUCACUCAGUAGUUUUUCAAUUUUUAGAUUUUUUAUUUAUUUACAGAGACUCAAUUACUUGUUCCAAUAUGUUUUUUGCUCCAUUACAGUGCAAAAAAGCUACAAAAAAACAAUGAGAAUAGGGGAACGAUUUAUCUUUGUACGUUAGGAUUCAAUGUCAUUACUGUAUUAACCUGCAGGCAAUCCCUAGUAAAUACAACAGCUCAUUUGUUUGUCGUUCACAGCAUA